AUGUCGUUAUCCCGUCUGUUCGCAGAUAAUCCUAACGGUUGGAAGUCUAAACUAUUGCCCAGACUAUCCUGGAAGUGCACUCUAGCUUUCUGUGUCCCUAUCGGCCUAGCGGGUGUGACCUUCCUUGCAUAUUACCUGAAACUUAAAAAGAGUGAACCAGAAAUUAUCCCAGAAACACCAUUAGAGGCUGCUUUAGCGUUAAAGUUGAAAGGAAACAAAUUUUUCAAGGGUGGACAAUACGAUCAAGCAAUUCAUUUAUAUGAUGAAGGACUUAAGAAAUGUCCAUUGGAUGCAGUUCAAGAACGUGCAGCUUUUUAUCAAAAUCGUGCAGCAGCUAAAGAAAAUCAACGUCUAUAUGAAUCAGCCAUUGAAGAUUGUUCUCAGGCAUUAACUUUAACACCGCAAUAUUUAAAGGCAUUAAAUCGUCGUGCACAUUUAUAUGAAAAAGUAAAAAAAUGGGAUCAAUGCCUUUUAGACAUGACAGCUUGUUGUAUUUUUGAAAAAUUUAAAAAUCCUGAUAGUAUUGUUUUCAUGGAUCAAGUUCUGAAAACAAUCGGACAAAAGAAAGCUGAAGAAGAACGUUCGAAAUUAUCAUAUGAGUUACCGUCAGCUUCCUUUAUUCGUAAUUAUAUGAGUGCAUUCGCUUGUGAUACAUUCACAGUGAACAACCCAUCGGUACAACGAUCUUCUAGACAAAAUUCACUUACUGAAACAACUAAUAAGGCUACAAUCAAUGGAUUAAUUGAUGAACAUCUCAUACCGAAUAGGCCAAAUACUACUACUACAGUACUACCUCAUAAUACUAAAUCUAAUCAAUAUGAUUGUACACAAUUUAAAGAACCUCUUUAUUCUGCACUAAUAAAUUUAAAUUUAUCUUUGGAGUGUUUAACAAAAGGUGAUUAUCAAAAAUCAGCUGAUUAUGCUACGAAAGCUGUUGAUUUAUUCGAAUCAAUUUUAUUGGAUAAAUCAUUUGAUAACAUUGAGAAUUUGGUCAAUUCACCAGCAUCAUCGCCUGAAGUAAACACUCAAAAUCAUGCAUUCACUUCAAAUAAUGAUAAUAAUAAUUAUAAUGACGAUGAUAAUAAUAAUAAUAAUGAUAAUAAUAAUAGUAAUCUUUUGUCUACCGAGACGAAUAAUCAUAAUCUAGAUGAAAAUACAUUAACAGAACAAGACAAUCAAAGUAAUUAUAAUAAUACAUUAAAUAAAAUGAAUACAAAUCAAUUUCAAUCUAUUAAAAUAUUUAUCAAAGAAGCAUAUAAUCAAAUAUCACUUUUACAUGCUACUUAUCAAAUUUUAACUGGACGUUCUAAAGAAGCCAAAGAACGUUUACAACAAAUUGGUAAUGCAGAUUCAGGUGCUUCUAUAAUGGUUCGUGUAAAUGCAUUAAUUAAAUCAGCAUGUUUAGCAAUGACAGUUGAUCAAGAUGUUGCAGCAUGUCUUUAUGACUUUCAACGUGCACAAAAUAUCUGGCCUGAAUGUUCCGAUAUUUAUCUUCAUCGAGGUCAAAUUAAUCUAUUAUCUGAUCAACUAGAUGAAGCAUUGCAUGAUUUGAAUACAGCUGUAAAAUUGAAACCAGAAUUUUCUGUUGCACAGGCUCAACGUCUUUAUGCCCAAUAUCGUUAUGCAUUAAAUUCCGGUGAUAUGAAUAAAGUGGAUUCACGUAUUGAUGAAUUUCGUCGAUUAAUCAAAAAAUAUCCUAAUUGUUUAGAAACGCAUUCAUUAUUUGCUCAGGUUCUUUCCGAGCAUAAUGAUUAUAAAGAAAGUGACAAAGUAUUUGCUGAUCUUAUAGCACUUGCACCAGACUCUGGCUUAGCUUAUGCACAUCGUGGUCUAUUACAAUUAAAAUGGAAACAAGAUCGUGAUGCAGCAUUAUGUUUCUUCUUGGAAGGUGUUCAACAUGAUCCAAAAUGUGAACUACUACAUGAAUUAUUAGGUCAAUUAGCUGUAGAAAAAGGUGAAUUCCAAGAAGCAUUGAAACAUUUCAAUAUGGCAAUUCAACAAGCUAAAUCACAAAAUGAUUUAGCGCAUAUGAUUGCAUUACGUGAAGGUGUUAGUGCACAAUUGAAAAUCUGUGAACAACAUAACCUGUCUAUCAGGGAUGUGAUCACAACUAUACAAGAAGAACAACAACGAUUUCUAAUGGCAAUGCAAGAGAAAUUGUAAAUCACUAACACACACAUACACACACACACACAAUAUAUAAUGACUGACUUCCGUUAUCAUUGUUAUCAUCAAUCACAAGGUGAGAAGAAAACACAGAAAAGCUCUGACAUUUUUGUCUUUUUUUUUUUAAUAUAUAGUUUGUUUGUUUGUUUGUCCUGCCUUGUUUUUUCGUCUUUUUUUUUCCCGAAACAUCUGUGAAGAUUAGAAGCGCGCGUUAAACGACAACACAUUUCUAUCAUCAUCAACAUCAACAUCUUCCUUAUUCAUUGUAUUGUCUCAUAUUUAUUUAUUUUUAUUACUUUUUUUGUAUAAAAGAAGAAAAUAAUUGUUCAUUCACCAUUUUUUUUAACAUCAUUCCGUCUUGAUUCACUAAUUUGUUUCACUAUCUUGCUCGCCCGCUCUCUCUCUCUUCGCACUACUACUUGUGAGUAGUAUUCGAUAUUUUUCUCAAUAUUCUGAACGAGUGCGUGCUUGUGUUUUCUCUCUGAAUUUUCUUUGUGAAGUAACGACCAUUGAUUUGACCAGUUCGCUCUUUUUUCUUUCUUUCUAUAAAAUCAUUAUUCAUGUUUAAUACAAGUCAUUAGUUUAAAUAGAAGAAUGGACAUUGGUUCAACAGUGAUUCAAGGUGUUCAAUUUUGUAUAACUACUAUUCAAUUGUUAGAAUUCUAAAACUUCUUUAACACACAUUUAUUUCAAUUUUUAGCAAAUAACCGAUAGUAGUAUACUUGAAUGGUUACACUUGUAGUAAGUAUUGUGUCAAAUAUACCACCAGUUUAUAUAAAUAUAUAUAUAUAACAUGUGUAUGUAUGGUGAUUUCUUUGUGUUAUGAAAGAACAAUGAAUUCCUUACUAAAUAAUCUCACAAUUUAAAUGUACAAAUUUUAGGUUUUGUUGUUCUAUCGAUGAAAAAUUGUUCACAUAUAAAAUAUUAACAUUUUUUUUUACUGAUCAGACGUAUGAGAGAAUCUACAAUUUUAUAUAUCAA